AGUCUUUCAAGUGCCGACACCGGAAUGAAACCCCUUCUUAGUUUAGUUACAUUAUGGAAAUUGACGAUUUUCUUAUCGAGCAUGUGUUUGGACCCGAGGCUGAAUAGUAAAAUCCAGGUUUCGGGGGCUAGCACGACCGACGAGUGCCAGGUCACUCCGGUGAUCCACGUUUUACAAUAUCCAGGAUGUGUGCCUAAACCUAUACCCAGUUUUGCAUGUAUCGGACGCUGCGCUUCUUAUAUUCAAGUCUCAGGGAGUAAGAUUUGGCAAAUGGAGAGGUCCUGUAUGUGCUGUCAGGAGUCGGGAGAGCGGGAAGCUUCGGUUUCACUUUUUUGCCCCAAAGCCAAGCCUGGCGAAAGGAAAUUUAUCAAAGUUACGACCAAAGCCCCCUUGGAAUGCAUGUGUCGGCCCUGCACUGGGGUUGAGGAAAGUGCGGUGAUUCCCCAAGAAAUAGCCGGAUACGCCGACGAAGGGCCUCUAUCUAACCAUUUCCUCAAGUCUCACUCUCAAUAAUUUUGUUAAUAGAAAUAAAACAAUAAAUGCCUCCUUUACACAAUUUAUUUUUCUGUAUCAAAACUGGAAUUUAAUAAAGUGUAAAAAAC